GCCCAGCAUAAAAAGCGCAUGCCGUGGAAACCAAGACCUGGGACCGGAGCAAACGAGGCGGCCGCCGGCCGGACUCGAGAGCGCAGGAAGCGCACAAUCCGCGCCUCCCCAACCCCAAGCCCCGCCUCCCAUUCCCCCCCGUCCUGCCCCCUCCAAACACACUCCGCGCCUCCGAGUCGGGCGGGCCAUCCUCCUCCUCCUCUGACCCUACCGCAACCGGGAUGGCGCGUGGCGGCGAGAGAAGAUCGGCGUCGUCGUCGUCGGCUGCGGCGGCGGCGGGGGUGGCUUGGGGAGUGGCCGUCGAGGGCUCUCGCAGUAGGUGAGUGGCGCGCUCUGGAUUCUCGCUGUUCUCUGUUCCGUCCAGGCGGUCGAUCUCACGGGGCAAUGGCACAGUGAUAAAACACCGUAUAAGUAGAAGUAGCCGGUACAGAAUUCACAAUACCAGUAAAAACUCUUUCGGUUCAUGAACGGUUUCUAAAUGUAUGGAAAAAAGGGAAGAAAGGAAACUGUCUCCCCGUUGCCCUUCGACUCUCCAAUUUAUACAUGUAAUAAGAACAAACAAAACUCUCUUUUUUUUUCUCCCGUAGUAAUCCAAGGCUCUGACCGAAACAGAGGAACAGUAGGUUCGUUUCGUUUCCCGCGCCCGGGUUGUUCCUCUCAACUGAGAGGUGGCAACUUUAAUGGCCGUGGUAGGCGCAGAGAGAGAGAGAGGAGUUACGCCCCUACGCCUGCGGUGCGCAGAUGCAGGAGACAAAAUAGGAGGCGGCGCCCGCCGGCAGGCCCCCCCCUGCUCCUCCCCUUCCCGCUUUCCUAUCUACGGGCACUGCUCCCCUACUUUCGUGUCCUGCUAUCCUUUCCGCGCUGUUUUUCGCUGUGCCGCCCGCCCUCCCCGCCCGUGUGGCAUGCAGUGUGUGUUGUUAGGUUCUUCUUGCUUCGUCCGUCCGGUGGGAUUCCCUAGGUGUGGCGGCCUGAAGUGUACGGGUGUCGAGUUUGUUGCCUUGUUGGUGAGCAUUGUCAGGAGUGCCGGACGGAGGCGGCGAUUACUCUAUAGGUUAACCUACGCCGCCAGAUUAGUUUGGUGGUGGUUAGCCUGGGCCUGUGUUUUCUUUGGUUUGCUUUAUUAUUGACAACCUGUGACAGUUCAGUGUUGUGGACUCUGAUGACAGUCUGAUACCCCACUGCCUUCACUGAGUGCUAGAGCCCCUCCUUGUCAAUUCACUGUCUGGUGCUGAAUCGAGUUCAUUGAAGAUGCCAAGGUCCGAAUCAGACAGUGAUGAUGUUUUCUUCGAUGCAUUUGAAGAUGUUCUAUCUGCAGGGGAACCUUCGUUUUCAGAGGAUUGCAGCACAAGUGAUGAAGUUUCAGGGCCAAUGAAAUUAGAGUAUGAGAUUUGGGCAAACGAACCAAUUAGUGUUCAAGAAAGGCGCCAAAGGUUCCUGAAGGGAAUGAGACUCGAUGAUUUCGUGUCUACGAGGAUAGGUUCUUUUCAAUGCCAUGGUGAAAUCACAGCCGUCGAGUCUUCCACUGACAUGGAGGAGAGAACUGUCAGUGGCCUUUCUUCCGGGGAUUCAUCUGUUUGUGACAAUGAGUCAGAUUUUGACGGUGCCUGUUGCAUAAGGGAUACGGAUACUGGAAAGAGAUAUAUUGUCCACAAUGGUGCACACAGCAGUAUAACUGGCAUGCCCAAGGAGGUUGGAUCAGAUAAGGUGAUGACUCUUCUGGAGUUUGAGAGUUUGCUUGGCCUCUCUAGGUCUGUUCAAAAGUUAUUGCGGAGGGGAUGUGGUAACAGUCCUGCAAAAGAAACAAAAAGUGCUAAGGAAAAGGACGGCAAAAGCUCGUCAAGGAAAUUCGUUACAAAGAGAAGCUUUGGUGGCAUUUGCAAGUACGAUGUCCAUGUGAAAAAUUGCACAAACAGUAUACCAACCAGAACAAGAGUUCAGCACCGGAAGAAAAAAUUUCUUGAAUUCUCUGCUGUGUACAUGGAUCAAGAAAUCAGAGCUCACAAGGGUUCAAUUAGGGUCAUGAAAUUCAGCCCAUCUGGCUGGUAUUUAGCAAGUGGCGGUGAGGAUUGUGCUGUACGGAUAUGGCAAAUCAUAGAAGUAGAAGCAUCUCCUAAGUUAUACAGGGGAGAGGAUCCGCAUGAAAAGGUGGAAAAAGUUCAGGUCUUUAAGACAAAUAUAGGAAAGAAGCACAACCCUGCACUUGCAGUUAUACCCAAGAAGGUUUUUCGUAUAUCAGAGACUCCAUUACAUGAAUUUCGUGGCCAUGCAAGUGAUAUCCUUGAUAUGGCAUGGUCCAAAUCAGAUUGUCUGUUAACUUCAUCUAAAGAUAAGACAGUGCGCUUAUGGAAACCGGGCUGCGACGGUUGUCUCGCAGUUUUCAAACACAAAGACUAUGUAACAUGUGUUCAGUUCAACCCUAUCGACGAGAAAUACUUCAUGAGCGGUUCAUUAGAUGGUAAAGUGCGCAUUUGGGAUGUGUUGGACAAACGAGUAACUGGCUGGACUUAUACGCGAACUAUCAUAACUGCUUUGAGUUACCAGUCAGAUGGAAAGGGUUUUGUUGUUGGCACUAUUGCAGGCGCAUGUCGUUUCUAUGAUCAAUCUGGUGAAAACAUCCAGCUAGAGAAAGAAUUGUUUGUGCAAGGGAAGAAGAAGUCAGCCGCCAGUCGGAUCAACAAUCUAAAGUUAUGUACAAGUGAUUCCAAUAGGGUUGUAGUUACAUCAGGAGAUUCCAAAAUCCGAGUCGUCAAUGGUGAUACCAUCCAAAAGUUUGAAGGGCCUUGGAAGUCGAAGGCUCUGUCAUCGCCGUCAUUAACAUCAGACGGCAGAUACCUUAUAUCUGUGGGCAAAGAUUCCAACGUCUACAUUUGGAACUUGGCGAACUCUAGAGAUGCAAGAUCGGUUCAUUCGUGCGAGCUGUUCUUCUCCAAAGCUGUAACUACCGCAGUACCAUGGCCGGGAGUGUACCAAGAUGGGCACACGAAGCCUUCCUAUCUGACUGAGAAAUACUGCAGCAUGCCCAUUUUGCGCCACCACGGGGAGUGCCAGUCCGCUGAGCCGUGGUCGUUCGUGGACGGCAGCAAGGGAUUGGCGACAUGGCCUGAAGAGAAGUUGCCUUCUACAGCAAAGCCUGGAAGCAGCCCGCAGCUGGGCGACUGUCUCUCCAUGAUAUCCGCCGCGUGGAGCACGGUCAUCGUGACCGCCAGCCGCGAUGGCGUGAUCCGAUCUUUUCACAACUACGGCUUGCCCGUUAGAUUGUGAGCUUCGAGACCGGUUUGAGGUAGUCAGUGGAGCGCCGCCAUGGUUGGUGACUGAUAAUCCGCUAAGGUUUUGUAAGUUUUUUUUUCUUUUUCUUUUCUGGUCAGAGUUACUAGAAAUUAUUUAUGUAACAUUUUUAGAUCAUUAAUUUCUUGUGAAGAGAUGAUCUGUAGUCAGUCCAAGGCCAAACACUUGUGCUGUUUUUUGCUGGAUGGUUGUGACAAAAGUAAAAAAAAACUCAACCAUCCAGUUAUAGUUAGCGGGAAAAUAUCCUAUGCAAUCACUUAUCCUGGUGCAAGCAUGCAAUCAAGCGAUCUGGUGCA